AUGAAAGUUACUAAGCAAAUUAGAAAAAUAAAUGUGCAUACCCCCAAACCCGAAUUCAUUGCUCACUCGAAAACCCUAGUCUCGAAAAUGGUGAGAGAGGAGCAACCCAACAAGCUGCGAUGGGGCGAGCUGGACGAGGACGACAGCGAGGAUUUGGAUUUCUUGUUGCCGCCGAAGCAGGUUAUCGGCCCCGACGACAGCGGGAUUAAGAAGGUUAUCGAAUACAAGUUCAAAGACGAUGGAAACAAGGUCAAAAUAACCACCACCACUCGGAUCCGCAAGCUCGCCAACGCCCGCCUCAGCAAGCGCGCUAUUGAGCGCCGCUCUUGGCCCAAGUUCGGCGAUGCCGUGCACGAGGACGUCGGCAGCCGCCUCACCAUGGUGUCCACGGAGGAGAUCCUCCUUGAACGCCCCCGCGCCCCUGGUACAAAAGCAGAUGAAGCUAAGUCUGCUGGGGAUCCGUUAGCUCAAAUGGGGAAAGGAGGAGCUGUGCUCAUGGUAUGUAGAACUUGCGGGAAGAAGGGUGAUCAUUGGACCUCAAGAUGCCCAUACAAGGAUCUCGCUCAACCAAGUGAGACCUUUGUUGAUAAGCCGCCAACUGAACCUAAUGCUGCAGCUGGUGGUACAAAGGGAGCUUAUGUUCCCCCUAGCAUGAGAGGAGGUGUUCCCGAGAGGAGUGGUACUGACAUGCGGCGCAGAAACGAGGAAAACUCAGUCAGGGUUACCAACCUUUCUGAAGACACAAGAGAGCCUGACUUGCUUGAGCUUUUCCGGCCAUUUGGUUCAGUUAGCCGAGUUUAUGUUGCUAUUGAUCAGAAGACUGGGACAAGCAGAGGUUUUGGUUUUGUCAAUUUUGUCAACAGAGAAGAUGCAGAGAGAGCCAUCAACAAGCUUAAUGGGUAUGGAUAUGACAAUCUCAUCCUAAGAGUUGAAUGGGCUGCUCCUCGGGCAAACUAGUUGGCGGAAUGAGUAAAAAAUGUGCAUAAGCUUGUUCUGGAUCAUCGAGGACACUUGUGGGAGAAGAUGGCACGUUCGAUUUUGUACGUUGUGUAAUGUUUUUAUUUAUUAUGUUCGACAAGUAUAAUAUUCAAGUUUUUGUAAGUUAGAUCCGUGACUUGCUUGUGGAAAGAGGGCUUAUUUUCUCA